AUGCUCCACAGCCCCAGACACUGGACUAGACCAUGUCCAAACUUUCCUGGACCGAUAGACUCUGCCUUCCUUAUUCUCACCGACGCUUGGCAUCUUGUGCUAGAGGUUCAGAGUGAGCAACCCUCCUCGCCUGAGCAUUUCAAGGCCAUCCUUGCCCAGCGCCUCAGGUACGAUGUUGAUAAGACUACUCAAUGUCCGGCAGUCCAAUUGAUUGACAACAUUGCCCUUGAGGGGCAGAACUGCCGCACUGCAGUUGUCGCAACUGAAGCAAUAUCAAGGUUGCCUAUCCCUCCAGCAAAGUGGCAACCACAACAGUUCAUAGUCUUUUUAGAUCGUAGACCGAUCUUGCUUGACUUUACUUGGACCCUAGCAGUUGCUGGUGUAAUAAGCAUUGACAAAAUCAUUGCUGAGUAUUCGCCACAGGCUCCGGAAGGUUUCUCCGUUAUCGUCAAGGACGGUCGCAAUCAGAUAGCUCAUACUAGUCAUGCCAUCCAAAUCGAGCAUGGAGGAGUUUUAAUUCUUGAAUACCUUGCCACUCAGGGUGAAGGCUCACAAGGCUCCGAUGAGGGAUCGAACCAUUCUGAUGGUGAUGAAGAUCAUGAGGAUAGUGAUGGUUCCGACACCUUUGGGGACCCCAGCCUCUCUGGAGGCACUGAAGAGGGAGGAUCUGAUGCUGCCAGGAGAGACCGCGAUAGGAGCCGAAGCCGGUCCCCGAGGCCCGGAGCAGUUUUUCGGUCUGAUAGUCACACAAAUGUCUCAGACAAUGAUUCCGCGCCCUUAUAUGCUCUCGACAGCACAGGCCCAGACCUUUUAAAGGUCUUCAGUAAUUGCUGGCUUGACGAGGUAAGUCGACCUCCCCCAGUCAUUUUCCAAGAGCUUGGUCGCUUUGCACGACGGGAUGACAUAUCUGGAGCAGCAGAGGCCAAGCUGCUCUCUGAACCUGCGCCUCACAACAGCGAGGGUCGACGGCAGUUACGAAAUGUCCGGACUGCGACUCUGAGACUUGGUGAAGACUGGCCUUACAUACCAGACGGAGAGCCUCCUCGGGUUCCCUUGAGCGGCGAUCCAUAUUAUGCUGCAACAGCUGCUCAAGUUGGCCCCAGCCAGCUCACUGUCGCGAUUCUGAAACCUGAUCAUGUAGCUGAGGUUGUCCGGGUUUGGUUACCGCACCCUGUCGAUCUCCCGCAAGCGUUUGCUGCCGUGCAAGCUGUCAGAGAUCCUGCCCAGGUCGCUCUGUAUGAAAGGGUUGUGUCGGUUUGGCCGCAGCCGAGCCAUCAAUGGGCAACAAUCAUUGCCCUUCCGGCAUGGGCAACUGAUGAAGUAGUGAUUUGUUUUGACCUAAGUGAGUACGAUGGUAGACUCUUUGCCAGUCAAGCCCCCGCUGUGCUUGAUCGCUUCACCAUUUUGCAACUUGCCGGGCUAUGGGGCCAGGCUGUAGACAUCUACACGCCCUUCCAGCCGCACCCACUUAGGAGCGAUCAGGACACCAUUGUUACGCAAGGGACCUGCAUUUCCAUUGUACGGCAAGGAGAACAGCCUACGCCCAUCCUAGACCUAGAGGUUCUCCUUCUCAGUCCCCUGCACUGGAGGGAGAGCGGGCCUGGGACAGUUGACUCGCAAGGGAAUUGCUACUGUGCCGCGACUGAAACAGGCCACCGGUUCAUAGGUGCUGCAGAUCAUUCUGCCAUCGAGGCUGAGAGGACUCAGCUUGAAGAAGCUGGCAUCUGCAUUACCGGGCUCCAGGAGACACGAGCCAAGGCCGGCAAGCCUCUAUACUUUACUGCAGCAGAUUUCAGAGUCCUUCGUUGGACCCCGCGCAGCCUCAUAGCCAAAUGUGCCAGGCUCACAACACCGUGGCAGAACAGGAUCGGGGAUCUGUGCUGGGAAAGUGGACAAGAUCCGCCAAAUUCCCUAUUUGACAUCUUCCUGACGCAUGAUCUGUGGGUUGAUUUUGCUCAGACUGGAGUUGAUCACUACGCAGUCUCCCUCACUGUCAAUGCCAGAUGGGAGGUCGAUGCGCACACCCACUAUCAUGCCUUUGCCGGCCACCUUGCACAGCAUUUCAGUGCGAUUGAAGCAGGGGCUGAGGCAAAAGAAGAGGCCCUCCAGAUCGAGGCCUCUGACCUCUUAACCCGGUCACAGAUCGAGUCUAGCCUGCGUGCCUCUCCAUGCGGAAAGGCUGUAGGUCAGCCUGAUGCCCUGACGGUUGCUAAUACCAUUGCUGUGCUGGGCCUGUCAAGCGAGGUUGCUCCGCGUCUUCAGGCGUAUGUCAAGCAAAGAUCACUCAUCAGCCAAGCAGGAGCUCCUGAAAGCUUAGCAGCUAUGAUCGCAGAAACGAACCAGUCCACUUGGUUCUCGUACGGAUCCUUGCAAGGAACCGCGACAGUGCGUGCCGGGACGCGUCCCGGGGACAAUUUGGCGGACAUGGUGUUUUCCUUUUUGUUCUCUGAGUUGCUGCACAAACUCCGUGACAGGUUCAAGAAAGCGAACCUGUCUGUCGCGCUGCCCUGGGACCCAAGCUGGCUGUGCGCCAGCCCUGAAAGUGUUGAGCAGCGAAGCGCCUCCUGUGCUGAAAGACCAAUCGACAUAACGUGGAUGGACGACUUGGCACUUCUCGUGCAAGGAGACACCCCCGAACAAUUGGUAGGAAAAGUACGCGCAGUUGCCACCGCAACUAUCGAAGAGUGUAUAAGCGCCACAUUGGUGCCAAAUUUGGGCGCUGGCAAGACUGAACGCAUUGUGAGCCUAGUUGGCAGGGGGGCAAAACGGGUUGGCCUUGACAUCUUCCAGGGAGCAGAGCCGACGCUCCCCCUUGCAUCUGACUUGUGGCCCAACGCCUUCCGCAAGCAUCGACGGCAGGUGUUUUCCUCGCCGAUAGUCAGCUAUCGUGAUAAGGCCAUCUUGUACGAUUCUUUGGUGCUUUCGACCAUGUUUUAUGGUGUCGGAGCCUGGCCCGAUCCAGACCAGGAUGUGCUUGACAAGUUUCAGUCUGCCCUCGUCAGUAUGUGCAGGCAGAUGCUCCGGCCCAGGUUCUCCCUCCAGGCUGCCAGACAUGUAGGAGCCAAUUAUGCGCUGUCCAUCGUUGGCAUUUUGCCUGCUGCAGACCAGGUUCACCUGGAAAGACUUAGACAUUUCAAGGCUGUAGUCACCAAGGCCUGCCCGGAGCUAUGGGCCUUGCUCCAUGCUGAGGUCAAGUGGCUAAGACAUGUUCAGUCCUCACUUGCUUGGGCCUCCUACAACUUAGAUCUCUCAGGCUGGAAGGGAGUUGACCUCAAUGAUUGGGAUCAGGUUGUCGCCUUCAUAAGAGAGGGUCCUCAUAAAUGGAAGGGGAUUGUUAAGAAGAUCAACAAGAUUGUUGGUCUCGUCCGAUGCUGGGAGGCUGAGGUGCAACAGUACCAUGGCCUGCUGUUUCGAUCUCUGCGUACAGCCGGUGCUUUGCUCCAAGACGGGGUAGACAGCCGGGAUUGCCCAAAAGAGGUCUGCGCACAGUGUGGCCAAGCUUUCCCAGACGCCAGAUCCUGGUCGCACCAUGCCUUCAAAGUGCAUGGAAGAGUUCGUGAAGAACGAACGCUUGUCAAUGGACAGCAGGUGCUCAUGCUGAGCCUGUACCAGGCAUAG